AUGCGGGAGCUGCUCCAGCACCUACUGCAGCCUCCGGCCCGCUCCAGCAGCGCCUCCCCGCUCCGGGAGCAGGGGCUGGGCAGGCUGCACCGCGCGGCCGCCCGCGGGGACCUGGGCUGGCUGAGGCGCUGGCGCUGGUACGUCAAGGUAGUCGGCAUCGACAGGCCAGACCAGGAGAUGCGGACACCUCUGCAUCUGGCUUCAGCCAAUGGCCAUGCAGAUGUCAUCAGAUAUCUGCUAAGAAAGAACAGCCAGCCCAACCUCGCUGACAACUUCAAGAGAACGGCCCUGAUGAAGGCAGUCCAGCAGGAGCAGGAAGAAUGUGUUGCUGUUCUGCUGGAACACGGUGCCGACCCCAAUCUGGCAGACGCUGACGGCAACACUGCCCUUCACCUGGCUGUGCUCUCUAAAAACACAGCUGUAGCAGGGCUGUUACUGGAGCAUCAUGCCAAGAGUGAUGCUCAGAACCAGUGGGGAUUUACCCCCUUCAAACUUGCAGCCUUCCAACAGCAUGAGGAGAUGGAGUGCCUUCUGAAACAAGCAGCUGACAGGCCUGCUCAAGCCCAGGGGGAAAGGACUGCUCUUGUGGUUCCUGGAAGCCAUGAGGCUCACCUGGAGGAAGAUAAUCUGUGCUUGCAGAAGGAGUUGGACAGGGUUGACGCGGAGCCGCGGGAGGAGGAAGAAAAGCAUCUUCAGUCCGAGCAUCGUGUUGGUGACUUGAAGACUGCCUUGGAUGACAAGGGAAGAGAAGCAAGAACUUCUUCCCAGAAACUGCAGGACGUCCCGUUGGCAUCUUCCGAGACCAAUCCGACCGUAAAACAACUGGAAGAAGACGCGCAAGACUUUGCAAGUGGAAACAGCAGAUUGGAAGCCACUGUCCAGCAGCCAAGCGACAGCGUUGAAGCCCUUCUGAGAGACCUGCAAGCCUCUGCCUCAGGUGGUGAACUUUCCCAGCAGCUGGACAUGGAGCCUAGAACAGGCAUGCAGCCAGAGGCCCCAAAGCAGGCUUUGAGAGAAGAGCUGUCCAGUCUGCUUGGGAAGUGUGAAAAACUGGAGAAGAGCAAAUGUCAGCUGCAAGAAGAGAUGACAAAACUCCAUCAUCGAUUGGAGACUUUGGGGCUGGAUGGCAGCCAAACAGAACAAUGGAAAAGAGAGGUGGCAGAACGAGCUGACCAGGAAAUAAGGUUGGAAAAGCUUCUGAGGAUAGAGAGGAGGAAAGUCAGGGUUAAUGAAGAGAAAGAAAGCCAGUCCCAGCUGGAAGAAAUGAAGAGCAGAUAUUCUGAAAAGGUCAAGGAAGUUGAUAGAUUACAAGCAGAGCAGCUGGACAGGGAAUGUAAACAGUGCACGCAGCUGGAAGCCAAAAACCAGGCUUUGCAAGAAGAGCUGUCUGCCCUGCGUGGGAAGUGCGAGAACCUGGCGAUGGACAAAUGCCAGCUGCAAGAAGAGCUGGCAAAACUGCAUCAUCAUUUGGAGACCAACUUGGUGGAUUGCAGCCAACUAGAACAAUGUAAAAGAGAGGUGGAAGAGCGAGCCGACCAGGAAAUAAGGCAAAAACUCCAAGAAGUCAAUGAGUUUUUGCAAGCACAGGCAGCCCACCAGGACACCUUAGAAGAAAUCAGAAGCAGUCAUUUCGACUCACUGAAAAAGCAGAUGGAAGACAGAAUUAGAGAUCUGGAACGUGCACUGGGAAGGAGAAAAAGCAACCAAGCAGAAAGACCUUUUCCAAAAGAAUCCACCCAGGCAGAAGUGGACAAGUACAAAGAGCUGUAUCUGGUGGAAGCCAAAACCAGAAAAAGCCUAGCCAAGAAACUGGAAAGAGUUCCAGCAGUAACCCCACAGCAGCACCACUAUGGCAUUGUUGGUGUCUUCUCAAGUUGA